AUGUUACAUUCCAUACUGGGACAUCGAGUGUUAAAGAUCGCAUCAACGAUGGUUAAAAUUGAAGAGUUAAAUCGGAAGAGGAGUUCGGCGAAGAAAAAGUUCGACCACGAAGUAAAAAGCUUCGAAUUUGUGCUAGAAGCUCGCCCGGAAAUACAUAGUCUUGAAGAGGCUUUUGGCGAAGUCAAG